AAUUAAUAUAAUAAUGAUAGUCAUUUGUUUGAUAAAUUUAAUCAUUCAAAUGUCAAUUUUACGGCUGCGCAUUUAGCGCAAUCGGAUAAAACAUCAAAAUACAUAAAUUGAAAUAAUAACAUCGGUAUAUUUUAAUAAAAUUAAAGAUAAUAUUCAAACAAAUAUAAAAUAAAAUUGUUUAAAUCUGAGAUGCCCAAUUAUUUGGGGCACAGACAGCAGAUUAAACGGAAGCAAAGCGAUAAAAAAAAAUGUGUUUGUCUGCCGAUUGAUUAUCGGCUUAUUGAAUUCCCAGCAGUUUGGUCUGAGCUUCGAGAAAUGAAUCAACUUUGCGAUGGAAAAAUAAUCUGCGCAAAAGAAGAAAUUUUCCCGAUCCACCGGGCGAUUUUAUCAGCAGUGAGUCCAUACUUCAAAGCUUUGUUCACCAAAAGCUGGAGAGGAAACUCUGGAGAGACGCAGGAAGUGACAAUAAAUUGGAUACCCGGUGAUUUGUUCUCCCUGAUCCUGGAUUACGCCUAUAAAGGGACUUGCAAGGUCACGGUUGAGAACGUCGAGCAACUCUUGCCUGUUGCAGACCAAUUUGAAGUCCUGGGGGUGGUCCAGCUCUGCUGCCAGUUUUUGCUCCAAGAACUGAGCCCCGAAAACUGCCUCGGGGUGUACAAGUACGCGAGAAGCUACUUCUGCCACGACCUUGAAGAGAAGGCUAGGAAGUAUAUUAGGCAUAACUUCAAGAAGAUAUGGCGCGAGAGUACCGAGUUCAAGGAACUUGAUUGUGGAGAAAUGUGCAAAAUUCUCAGCGAUGAUGAGCUCAAUGUCAAGAGCGAAGAGCUUGUUUUUGAAGCGAUUAAAAGCUGGGUAGAAGUCGAUGGAAGUAAUCGAGCCGAGUACCUGCCGGAUCUUGUCGAGUGCAUUCGGUUUGGGCUUAUUAAUUCCAAAUUUGUUUCCAGUAAUAUUUUGACAUGGAAACCUAUUCAGGAUAACAAGAAAUGUAAAAUGAUAAUUGAACCAUCAAACAGAACCAGCGAAAAAUAUUCUCGCCCGCGAAUUCCUUAUGAAAUUCUGUUUGCGGUCGGAGGCUGGAGCGGAGGAUCACCAACCAGUUUCAUCGAAACCUAUGACACUAGAGCAGACCGCUGGUUCUUGUCAGUAAACACUGAUGUUGUUCCCCGAGCUUAUCACGGUCUGUGCACUUUAAAUAAUUUAAUUUACGUGAUCGGAGGGUAUGAUGGUCAGGAGCAUUUUAACACCGUCCGGUGUUAUGAUCCGGUGACUAAGGAAUGGCAGGAGAAAGCUUGCAUGUAUCACGUCAGGUGUUACGUAAGCGUUUGUACUCACGGAGGUAAAAUUUACGCCCUUGGAGGCUCAACCGGACGCAUUAGAUUGUCCUCUGGUGAGCGAUAUGAACCGGAGCGCAACCAAUGGGAGAUGAUUCCGCCGAUGCACAAGCAAAGGUCAGACGCAUCAGCAGCAGCCUUGGAGAACAAGAUUUACAUAGUCGGUGGGUUCAACGGAGAAGACAUCUACAGAUCUGCAGAAGCUUUUGACGUUGAGACCAGCCAGUGGAGCUAUAUAAAGUCGAUGAUAAAUCCCAGGACUGGUGUUUCUCUGGUGGCUUUCCGUGACAGUCUGUAUGCUUUUGGCGGUUACAGCGGACUCACCCGGCUCACUUCUGCGGAAAAGUUCAAUCCGAAUCAGCCGGAUGAGUGGCAAGAAGUCACGCAGAUGUUAAGGGCCAGGAGCAACUUCGCUACUGUUAUUUUGGAUGAUAUGAUUUUUGUUAUCGGGGGAUAUGAUGGAUACACAACAAUCGCUGACGUCGAGUGUUACGACCCCGAAACAAACGAAUGGUACGACGCUUCAUCAAUGAACCUGAACAGAAGUGCUCUAAGCGCUUGUGUCAUUCCCGGAUUAUCGAAUGCUAAAGAUUACUCCUACCUCAGCAAAACCAAAAAUUUUGGCCAAGGACAAGCUGGAGCGAAAAACCGCGGAAAACCUGACCAAAGUGGAGAAGGUCCGCACAUUGAACUCGGAAACAAAAUCACUGGAUCCGUCGCUGGCUCACAAUCGCACAGAUACUAAAAUACAAAAUGAUUGUUUUUAAUUUAUUGAAAAAGUUUUUUUUAAUUAUUUUAUCAGGAAUUAUUAGAGCCACUUUGUUUUUUAUUUUUUUUAUUUAUUUGUUAGAGUUUUUGACUUUAGUCGGCCUGAAGAACUAUCAAGAAUCCAGACUGUUGUUUUAUAAAAAUAUUUUUUAAAACUAUUAUAUUGUUUGACAUAAAUUUUGUCAUUUUAAAAUCCACUUUAAGAUCUUACUUUACA